AGCACUGAACUCUAAACCCCCGCAGAUCUGUUCAAUGAGAGCAGACGAUAACAUAAUAUCGAAAGUACAUUAGUGAUCGCUUUGACGGUUCACCACCUCAACAGGGAAUAAUAUUCCUAAACAUAAGGAAUUCCGAUGAAUAUUCGGUGCAGUCGAUGAUCUGUGGCGUUUGUACAGUCUGUCCGGAGUGAGACCCCGUAGAGGCUGAACCCACUGCAGCUGAUGUUCUCAGGGACCAGAGUCACGUGAUGUACGAAGGUAAACACAUCCAUUUCUCAGAGGUGGAUAAUAAGCCGCUGUGCUCCUACAGCCCCAAACUCUGCAAGCAGCGCAGAUUGAACGGAUACGCCUUCUGCAUUCGUCAUGUUCUGGAGGACAAAACCGCUCCGUUUAAACAGUGCGAAUAUGUGGCCAAGUAUAACAGUCAGCGAUGCACCAACCCAAUCCCCAAAGCAGAAGAGCGAAGAUACUGUAACAGCCACCUACAGGUGCUUGGCUUCAUCCCGAAGAAGGAGCGUAAGAAGAAGCAGGAUGCUCUGGAGGAGGUUCGUGCCUGCGCUCACGUUGAGUCUGUCGCUCUAAACAUCACCGUUCCCUCUCUGGCUCUGAGAGACACUAAUGGGCUGGAUGGCCUCCCUCCGUCUCCGCCCUGCUCCCGUCUGACUCCGAUGCCUCUCUCGGACUCCGACAUCCUCGACCCCUUUGCCUUCUAUGAGGAGGACACGGACAGAGAGGAAAGCGUGGUGCAGAAGAGCUCCAGCAAGAGGAAGCUGCCCAGCAGGCCAGUGAUUGGCCUGAGGGUGACCGCUUGGGACCCAGAGCACCGUCAGCCGGACAUCGAGCACUUUAGCGCCGUCACUGAACCCUGCACACUUCCAACCUCCCCACACCUACCACAACCACCUCCACCACCGGCUCCACCUCCGCCUCAAUCCUCGGCGAGGCUUGUCCAGCCCCCUCAACAUACAGAUCGGCCCGCUUACGCCCAACAUGGGGCAGUGCAGACUCUGCUAUGCAAGCCAGCUCCACCUCAGACUGGGCCUUCUGUUUUAUCUGGUCUGCUCCCGUCAGCUGGGGUUCAGAACCAGCCUGUUAGCCGGAGACCUGUCCCUGCUGCGUCCCCUCACCCGCCUGCUGCCCAGGACUGCCCACAGCCCCGCGCCGUGGCCAUGCGCCCCACUGCCUUUACAGCACCCCCUGUCUGCCUGCUCAGACUACAGCACCUUGUGCAGCUUUACGCUCAGAGACAGAGAGAACACGGAGACCUGUUCCCACAUCUUGGGCUAGACUGGUCUGAGGACAGUACAAAUGAUGAAGAUACCGAGGAGCUUGUUCCUUUAUUGCCUCAGGCCUGGAGACUUCAGGAAAGAAGCUCCCUUCAAAGCUCCUCCAAUGAAAAGCCGCUUUCCCGGCAAGCACGUCUGGCACAGCUAUGUACAUACCUACAGGAGAGGUAUAAACACCUGUGCCGACAGGACAGGGCAGCCACCCGUCACAGCAGAUACCGAUACGCCUUCCGGAAAGCUCUGCUCCAUGCUGCAAGCAAAGACCCAGACUGCACUGCACAGCUCAUUCAGAAACUCAGCAAGAGCUCACAGACCUCAACCUGUUCACACAAGUAUGAAAGGACAAUGUGUACGGGAACCACGAAGGGUCAAAGCUGCAGCAACAUAGCUUUGCCAUUUUCACGUCACUGUUUUCAACAUAUCCUGUUGAAUCGCUCUCAGCAGCUGUUCUCCAGUUGCACGGCGCGGUUCGCUGAUGGACAGCAGUGCUCCGUUCCUGUGUUUGACAUCACUCACCAAACACCUCUUUGUGACGAACAUGCCAAGAAAAUGGAUAAUUUCCUGCGUGGGGAUGGCAACAGACGCAGUCAGCAACAGCAGCUGCGGCGCCCACGUAAGAAGACCAAGCCGCCUGCACUGACGAAGAAACACAAAAAGAAAAGAAGACUAGGUCCACGCAGACCGCAGAAGCCCAUUCCUCCCGCUGUGCCACAGGGCAACUUGCUAAUGCCCUCGCUCUCACUGCCCACUCACCAUGCCCAUGUCAGAAAUACCAAUGUUGUAGUCAAGACCAGCUCAUUUGAGUCCAAGUCAAACCCGGCACAGUUCGGUAACCUCCUCUCUGCUGAAACUCACCUGCUCUCCACCGCUCUAUCCACCCCGCCCUCCACGUCCCACUCCACAAUCCUGCAGCCCACCGCUGCUCUCUCUGCUCUACCCCAACCGGGCCUGACCGGCCUCACCUCACCCUCAUCCUCGCCCUCUUCACGGGACCUUCUCACCCCCACCCAACCUAAACUACAGCUCCCACAGUUUAGUGCAGCCUUCGGCCACCAACUGGCUUCCCACAGUGGGAUCCCCAAAGACCUGCAGCCCAGCCAUAGCUCGACAGCGCCACCUACAGGCUUUACCAUCACUAGUGCCACUGCUGCCACUCCCCCAUUCCCUCAGAGCAACUGA